AUGGCUGCCGUCAAGCAACGCAUCAACUUGCCUAAAUACUACAUUGGAGAACUACGGCCCUUGUUCGUACGGCGGAUAUACGUCCUGACAAGGUUGCAUUCAGAUAACCAGAACCUGUCUUCAACAUUCGAAAUCACCAGUGAGCCUUUUGACUUCGAGAAGCACGGCACGCGAGACUACUGGUAUGCUCGUGGGAAGAUGUUCAGGGACAAUGUCAAACUAGGGGACUCGGCAAUAACGAAUUUUUCGAUGGCAGUCGCGUACAAUGUCUCAAAUUUCAUAGUCCCCGCCCUCGGGCUUGCGUGGGACCUCAGCCAAAGCGACUCAGAGUCUCACAAUCUCGUGCUUCACAUGUUCUCCCAGGGUCUGAUCCCGACCCCGGCGUACAGCAUCUGGCUCGACAAACAAGAAAACCCAGCUGGAGAGGUCCUCUUCGGUGCCAUCGACAAGGCCAAGUACGAAGGUGAUCUCACGAGUCUCAAGACAUACCCGUCAUCAGAUGGCGAUGCCUUAAUAUCUAUCAUGAUGACGUCUCUGUCCGCGACAAGCCCUUCCGGCUCAGACAAGCUCAUAUGCAACCUCCCGUUCCCAAUCAUACUCGGCAUGGGAGCCACGGCCUCUUUCCUACCGCAGGACCUGGCCUAUGAAGAGUCGGAAUUGGUGUAG